AUGCCACUGCUCGAUCUACCAAAUGAGUUGCUCCGAGAUAUAUCAGAAUACCUAGGAUCCGAGAGAGAUAUCAACGCCGUUGCAGGAGCCAACCGCCGCCUUUACCGUCUCCUAGAUAGCUACCUCUACCGCUACAAUGUACAACAAUCUGGACGCUCAGCGCUGUUGUGGGCUGCCCGACAUGGCCAAGAGGCGACGGUGCAAAAAUCGCUGAGGGAAAAUGCCAAUAUACAGGCCACAAAUGAUGAUGACGACACGGCACCGCUGUUGUUGGCGGCAGAGAAUGGGCAUAAGCAGGUAGUAAAGCUGCUGCUCGACAAGGGCGCCGAGAUCAACGCGCAGAGUAGACGCUACGGCAAUGCACUCUGCGCGGCUUCACAAGGAGACCACGAAGCGGUGGUGAAGAUGCUGCUCGACAAGGGCGCCGAGGUCAACGCGCAGGGUGGAUGCUACGGCAACGCACUCUGCGCGGCUUCAAAAGGAGGCCACGAAGCGGUGGUGGAGAUGCUGCUCAACAAGGGCGCCGAGGUCAACGCGCAGGUUGGACCAUUCGGCAACGCACUCCAGGCGGCUUCACAAGGAGGCCACGAGGCGGUGGUGAAGCUGCUAGUGGCAUGGGGUGCCAAGUGA